CCGCCUAAGAGAGACAUUACAACUCACAAAACAAUUACUUUUAGCCGGGUUGGGCAAUGGGCAUACUCAAUUUGGAGCUAAUCUCUCGGAGAUCACUAUAACUCGGAAAACAUAAUUUCGUAAACCUAAAGGACUAUUAACAAGUAGCCUGCCUGUCACACUGUUAUGUUCAUUUAUUUAUUCAAGUACGCUGUCUUUAUAUCAAGGUCGAAAGCAAUGACAUCCAAUGCCCCGACCCCGUAAAUCACGAAAAAAGUCAUUGUUGAAGUCGCCCCUGUUAUUUUUGGAGCCACCACUUGAUGGAGCCAGAUACUAUGAUGUACCUCAAGUCCAGGCAGCACUCAAUCCCAAAUCGUUUGCGUCAGAGGAGGAACGACAGAGCAACACGGCACUUACUUCUUGGGUGAGCCCACAGUUUGAUCAAGUGCAGAUUUCUGCAGUCCCACCAAGGCGAGGGAGGAAGGCCAAACCAGCAACAAGUAUGCUGGACAGGAGUAGUCAAUUGUCUAGGAAAUCUAGCGUUUGCAAGUUCCCUUCCUUGUCCUUCGAAAAUAAGACUACAUCCCAGGAUCACCAACAAAAGCAUGCACCUGGAAAUAAGAAAAAAAACACAGAGACUGUCGUUGGGGGCAGAGUGGUUCAACAGACCUCACGACAAGUCCAAAAGUCACUUCCGGACACUGAGACACCUAAAUGUCGACCCUUUCUUAGGAAAAGGACCACUAAGGGGUCAAGUUUGUCUAGAUACAUGACACAUGGAAUUGCAUCUACCUCCUGUAGAGGCUUAGAGGACCAAAUAAAUCCAGCUGAUCACAUUACUGCUAAGCAACAAAACAACCCCUCAUGUUCUUCUAUGACUCCUGGAUCAGAAAACAGAUACACCCCCAGUAUGAGCAAUGUUUUCACUCCACCUGAUAUAGAGACUCCAGAAUUACACCAAGGAGGCCACAGUGGUCCCUCCACCGCCUUUCUGGAUCUCCUAAUACACCCAUCCCAGCCAGCAACUCCUCUGCACAGACAGACCCUUGAGACUUUGGUGGGAGACACCCCAGAGAGGGAAUAUGGAGUGAAGGUGACAUGGAGGAGGAGGCAAGGACUAAUGAAGCUGCUGAAGGAGCGAGGUAAACUUUCCACCUCAGAAACUCUAAUUAGUAUCUAAAGUGGAAGCAUUAAACAUUUUCAACUUGUCAGUGUUGUUGUGUUAUGGUUGAUGGGCUAGUAAUAAUGAUGCAUGAUGAAUGAACUGUCAUUAAAUACAUGGUUAAUUAGAAGGGGAGUGCUGCUUUCUGCAUAUACCACCUAUAGACCUACCGUGCUUAAAAAAAAUACUAUUUUACUAUUCUAUUUUCUUUAUUUUUUCUAAACUUUUUGUGGAGGUAGUCCACUGACCAAAGGAAACAGAUUGGUUUGCAAUAAAAGUAAAUACAUGU